AAUAGUUAAAAUUCUCUUGCUGUCUCCGCUCUCCUUGCAAUAAAUUGCAGUCAGUCAGCUGGCAAAGUGCCUCGCCGGUCAGAGAAAAAAAAAGUGCCUCGCCGGGAACGGAAAUGCCUCAGGCUCAGCUGCAUAUAGUUGAAGCUCUAAAGCUUCUAUUUUUCUUUUCUAUUUUCCAUUCUCUCUUUCUCUUUCCUUUUGCCUUCUCUGAAAUCUUCUUUGAAGAGCGCUUCGAAGAUGGGUGGAAGGAUCGGUGGGUUUUAUCGGACUGGAAGAGAAGCGAAGGAAAAGCUGGUACAUUUAAGCACACAGCUGGGAAAUGGCCUGGAGAUCCUGAUGAUAAAGGUAUCCAGACAUACAAUGAUGCCAAGCAUUUUGCCAUAUCAGCAAAGAUACCAGAGUUCAGCAACAAAAAUAAGACUCUAGUUGUCCAAUACUCUAUUAAGUUCGAGCAGGACAUUGAAUGUGGUGGUGGUUACAUAAAGCUUCUUUCUGGUUAUGUCAAUCAGAAAAAAUUUGGUGGGGACACUCCUUACGGUUUUAUGUUCGGACCUGAUAUAUGUGGCUCACAGACAAAAAAGCUCCAUGUUAUCCUUUCCUACCAGGGGCAGAAUUAUCCCAUAAAGAAAGAUAUACAAUGCGAGACUGAUAAGCUCACUCAUUUCUACACAUUUAUUCUUAGGCCUGAUGCAUCUUAUAGCAUCUUAAUUGAUAAUCGAGAAAGAGAAUCUGGAAGCAUGUAUACGGACUGGGAUAUCCUUCCUCCAAGAAAAAUCAAAGACACAAAAGCAAAGAAGCCUGCAGACUGGGACGAUAGAGAACACAUUGAUGAUCCUAAUGAUAUCAAACCAGAGGGAUAUGAUUCUAUUCCAGCUGAGAUUCCAGAUCCCAAGGCUAACGAGCCUGAUGACUGGGAUGAAGAGGAGGAUGGGAUAUGGAAGCCACCCAAGAUACCUAAUCCAGCUUACAAAGGACCAUGGAAAAGAAAGAAAAUUCGGAACCCCAACUAUAAGGGAAAGUGGAAGACUCCAUGGAUUGACAACCCGGGGAGGAGCGUAAGUGAGUUUCUGGUCGAUUCUCAAAGAUCGGUGGCCGGGCGACAUGCGAGUGAGCUCCACUCGCCGUCCAAAAUUUCUAUGGCAACUUUCACGCGCCGGUGCGCGAGGGAGCAUGACACCUUCGGUGAGCCUCUGAUUCCUGUUCUGAGGUCGUCCAGUGGUUUCUGGUAGCUUUUCGACAUUGGGUUUGUCAUCCGACACCGCUGCAGUUGGACCUCUCCUUUCCUAUUCAUAGAUCAGGUUCUAUUUUGGGUAUUCAGGUCUGUUUUUGGCUUUUUAAUUUUGGGUGCAAUUUUUUUGACCUGAUUUUGUGUCUUGAAUCAUUGGGAGAAAGUUUUGUAAAAUGGUUAUUUUUUUACUAGUAUUGAUUGAAAUGAUGUCCGAUAAUAAUAAGUCUUGUGUUGAAAAUUGUAAGAAAUUACAAAAUAAGAAUCGAAGGAUUGCUAAUGUUGCUGCAAUCGGUUCUUCCUUUGAGAAUAAUGUUCUCACCUCAAUUGAAAAAAAUGCUCAGUAUUAGGAUCUGUUGAGAGGAUUCACUCCAGUAACGGCUAAUACUUAGUUAGGUAAAACUUGCCUUAUCUACUCGUCAUAUAAGUAGGUCAUUUUCUAGUGCUAUGGAUCACAUGACUAAUAAUUCUCAUAUUUUUGCUAGCUUUCGAUCUCAUAAAGCACCUUCUCCCGUUACCAUAGCUAAUGGGUCAACCUAUAAUGUUGAAAAUUCUAAGAUUGUUAAACCUACUUCUUCUAUUACUCUAUCAUCUAUGCUAAGUUUAUCUAAUCUUGCCUUUAAUUUAAUCUUUGUGAGUAAACUUAUCAAAGACCUAAUUUUUUGUUUUUUUUUGUUUUUUAAUCAUUGUCAUUCGGGAUCUUGUGACAAAGCAGAUUAUUGAUAAAGGACAUGUAUCUGGGAGUCUCUACAUUUUGAAUGCAUGGGUGCCUCGGUCUGUUGUCUGCCCCAGUGUCGUAUCUCCUUUCAAAGCACAUUAUCGGUUAGGACAUCAUUCUUUACCUGUUUUGAAGAAGCUAUGAUCUCAAUUUCAUGAGAUAUGAGUGUGCAUCAUGUCAUUUUGCCAUCAUCGAAGCUCUUUAAGUCCUAGAGUCAAUAAACAAGCUGAGUCUGCUUUUGAAUUAGUUCAUUCGGAUAUUUAGGGAUCAUGUCCGAUUGGUUUAUGACUGGAUUCAGAUAUUGUCACUUUUAUGGAUGAUUUCCUGAGAAUGACUUGGAUUUAUUUUAUAAAGUAUCAUUUGAAGUGUUUUCUCAUUUCUCUUAAUAUUUUUGUGCAAAUUUUGCGAAGCGACAAUGCUAAUGAAUAUAUGUCAGAAUCGUUCUAGGCUUAUAUGACUCAACAUGAUAUUCUUCACCAAUCAUCAGUGUUGAUAUACCCGCUCAAAAUGGGGUAGGAAAGAAAGAAUCGACAUCUCCUUGAGACUGUUCGAGCUCUAUUGUUUCAAAUACAAGUUCUUAAGCAAUUUUGGGCUGAUGCUGUCUCUACUACAUGCUUUCUCAUUAAUCGCAUAUCCUCCACACGAUAAUACUCUCUAUAAUGUUCUCUUUCCUAAAAAGUCAUUAUUUCCUCUAAAAGCACGACUUUUUGGCAGUACUUGCUAUGUUCGGGAUGUUAGACCUCAUAUGAUUGAACUUGAAUCUAAAACUUUGAAGUGUCUUUUUAGGAUAUUCUCGCCUUCAGAAGGGGUAUCAAUGUUACUCUACAGAGAUCAACAAAUAUCUGGUCUCAACAGAUGUAGGCUUUUCCGAACAAAUUUCUUUUUAUCCUGUUGCAUAAACCUCUACUGGUCAGGAGGAGGACAAUGAGUGGCUCAUCUAUAGAAUCACAUCUGAUAAUAAAAACUCCUCAAAUGUGCCUUUUACUGCACCAUCUGAUGGUGGCAUUCCUCCUAGUACUUAGCCUCAUGUUAAAUCGUUAGUUGUUUAAGUUUACUCUCAGAAACCAGUACAUGAUGAUACAUGUUCUGUAUCAUAAUCUUCUUCACCAUCGGAUCCACCACCAAGUGACCUUUACUUUCCCAUUAGUCUUCAUCUGUCUCCUUCUUUUACCUCCUUAAUUGUCUCUUUUGAUUCCAUUUCUUUAUCUAAGACAGUUAAAGAGGCCCUGACCCAUUCUGAAAGGCGUGAUUCAAUGUUUGAGGAGAUCAAAGUUCUAGAUGAAAAUCAUACUUGGGAACUAGUUGAUUUUCUGGCAAGAAGGCUGUGGGCUAUGAAUAGGUUUUUGCCAUUAAAGUCAAUUUAGAUAGUUCCGUAGUGAGACUUAAGGCUUAUUUUGUCGCUAAAGGUAAUGCACAAACCUAUCACAUUGACUAUUCUAACACCUUUUCUCCUGUGGCCAAAAUGAUCUUGAUUCGCUUGUUCAUCUCCCUAGCUGCUUCUUAGCAUUGGCCUUUACACCAGUUAGAUAUCAAGAAUGGAUUUUUACAUGGUGACCUCCAAGAGGAGUUGUAUAUGGAGCAACCACCUGGAUUUGUAACAUAGGGAGAGUAUAGGAAAGUUUUCCGUUUGAAGGAAUCUUUAUAUGGUUUGAAGCAGAGUUCUCGUGCAUGGUUUGACAAGUUCAAUGAAGUUGUUUAAGAAUUUGGGUUGAAAAAAAGCAAGUGUGACCACUUAGUCUUCUAUAGAAAUUCAGAUGCUAGUAUUACUCUCCUUAUUAUGUAUGUUGAUGAGAUUGUCACUACAGGGAAUGAUAGUGCAGGGAUCUCUUCUCUCAAAUCCUUCUUGCAUGUGAGUUUUCGUACCAAGGACUUGGGUCAUCUUAAGUAUUUCUUAGGGGUCGAAAUCUUAAGGAGUAAAAAGGGAAUUUUUCUGUCUUAAAGGAAGUAUGUCUUUGACUUACAGAAAUUGGAAAGUUGGGAGCUAAACCCUAUAGCACACCAAUGGUUCCUAAUAUAUGUCUCAUAAAAGAUGACGGAAAUCCUUAUGAUGAUCCAGAGAGGUACGGGAGAUUGGUUGGAAAGCUGAACUACCUUGUAGUGAUGACUCGGCCAUAUAUUGCUUUUGCAGUAAGCGUUGUAAGCCGGUUCAUGUCUGCUCUAUGGUGAAAUAUUGGGUCGCUCUAGAACAAAUUUUAUGUCAUCUAAAAGGGAUCUCUGGACUCGGUAUACUCUACAGUGAUCAUAGGCACACUGUAGUUGAGUGUUUUCAGAUGCUGAUUGGGCGAGAUUCAAAAGUGAUAGAAUGUCGACUACAGACUACUGUGUGUUUGUUGGAGGAAACCUAGUGUCUUAGAAAAGUAAGAAGCAAAAUAUGGUAUCCAGAUCCAGUGCCAAGUCAAAAUACAAGGCCAUGGCUCAUUCCACUUGCGAGAUUUUGUGAAUAAAUUAUCUGCUGAAAGAAGUUGGUUUGGAUGUUGCGUCACCCGCGAAACUUUGGUGUGAUAAUCAUGUUGCUUUCAACCCAGUAUACCAUGAACGAACUAAGUAUAUUGAAGUUGAUUGCCAUUUCAUUCAUGAGAAGAGUCAAUAAAAUUUAAUUUUCAUCAUUUAUGUGAAAACGAAAGAGCAAUUGGGUGAUCUACUCACCAAAACAUUAAAUGAGUCUUGAAUAUAAUAUCUUUUUAAUAAGUUGGACAUGGUAAACAUCUAUGCUCUUCACAUCGCUUCCAACCUAGUAUACCACAAACGGACUAAGCAUAUUGAAGUUGAUUGCCAUUUCAUCCGUGUGAAGAUGUAAAAAAAUUUAAUUUCCACUAGUUAUGUGAAGAUAGAAGAGUAACUGGGUGAUCUACUCACCAAAGUAUUAAUGGCCCUUAAAUAGAAUUUUUUUUCUAAUAAGUUGGAUAUGAUAAACAUCUAUGUUCCAAUCUGAGAGAGAGUGCUAGAGUGUGAACAUAAUCUGUACAUAAUUAAAGGAGAUUAUAUAAUUAUAGGCAAAUUGAUACUAAUUGAUUGAUAGAGGAUUCUUAAGAGUUGCCUUAACAAAAUCGUGUAAUCUGUAUAUAAACACAUUUACUUCAAUAGAGAAUAUACACAGAAAUUGCCAAUUGUUCCUUUUCUUGUUACAACACUAUUAACUAUUAACAAUACUACUAACAUCACCAUUAACACAUAGGAGACAAACUACUAGCAAGUAGGAUACCAUGAGUAGUAGCAGCAUAUGGAACUAGUUUUUCUCGUCGGCAUUAGUGACUUUAACUUUGUCUUGCAUUUCAUUUCUUUUUUCCUCUGUCUGUGAAUCUCUUGUAUAUUAGCUAAGGACCACUAACACUGUGCUAUUAAAAGACAAAUUGUAAUUCCUUAUUAAUGCUGGAAAUUUUUUUAUUAUCAAUUUGGUCCUAAUAGCUUAUUAAGAUGAAUUUAGCUUCUAGGUUGUACAAGAGAUGUUAUAUAAUAUUUGAGGUGACUGGCAUUUGUCUGUAUAUCAUCUUUGACCUUGCAGUUCAUAUCAGAUUAGAUUUUGUUGUGCAUGAACUCAUUGUCUUAUUUUUCCCUCUU